CUGAUCGGCUCCACCCACUCGGCGGGUGUGUGAAGAGGAUCCAGCUCCCCACUUCAAGGUUAUCUUCUGCAGGACGGUCCUGUUGUCUGAUCCUAUGGGAUUUCUGAUCACCCUGGUGUUUCUCUGGGCUGCUGUCGGAGUGGGAAGCCGGCCAGUGACAUCACCCCUUAAUGAUGCAAAGGUUGAAUGUAUAAUUCAGGAGACGCUGAAUGAAGAAGGGUCUCACCAUGAAUGUGGACCACAGCUAGAAGAGGAACUUGAUGAAGUCCAGAGACAUCAGGGUCUUCUCAGGGAACUGCAGAGACUGGCCCAUGAUGAGAGAGAAAAAGAGCGGCAGGAUGAGAGGGAGAGGUACGAGUACAACCUGGCUGAUGAUGAGAGCGACGAUGAGCAGAGGAACGAUGAGGAGGAUGACACCAAGAGGGAGACGUCAGAGGAGCCACCGUCAAAUGGGGCAGAUGAUAAAAAGGAGAGAACCGAGGAGCUCGAGGAGCUGCUCAAAGGGGAACUCUAUAUAAAAGACAAGGAAGGAAAACAAGAUGAGGAGCUUGAUGAACAGCAGAAAGAAGAAGUGAAGGAGAACCAGAAAGACUCUGGAGCAGUGCUACAGAAGGGGGUGGAGGACAAGGAGAUAGAAGGAGCAAUGUCGAAGGACGUGGAGAGUCAGAGGAUGGAAGAGUGGAAGAAAAAUGAGGAGGAGCUGAUGGUGGAGAAAGAGAAGGUGGAGAAGGAGCUUAAGGUGCUCAAUGAGCAGGACCACAGGAGCCGACCACAGAAGGCGAAGGAGAGGAAGGAGAAGCAGGAGGAACUGGAUGAACUCAUUAGAAAAAUGAAACAGGUGAAGGAGGAAGAUAAGGAAGCAAAUAGAGGAAAGGAGGGAGAAGAGCAGAACAAAGAGGAAGGGAAAAGGUCACAUGAGGAAGUUGGAAAGGAAGUUAGGAGGAAGAGCGACACGUCAGAGGUGAAGGAGCCGCAGCAGAAGAGGGUGAUGGAGAAAGCCAGUGAUGAAGCUACACAGCAGUUUGAACGUGAGCGGCUCAAGGAUGAAGAGGAGGAUGACGAUAGGGAGGAUGAGGAUGAGGAUGAAUAUGUUAGAGAGGAUGAAGAGGACCAGGAGGAGGAGGAUAAUGAAGACGAGGAUGAAGGAGAGGAGCUGCUGGAGAUUGAAGCAGAGUUACGAAAAGUAGCUGCAGAGCUGAGGGAGCUUCGCCAAGGAUAACACACACACACACACACACACACACACACACACACACACACACACGCACAGGCAUUAUCCUGGUAACAACCUUUAGUGUGUUUGAAGCUCGGAGGAAUGUCGUUACACAUGAUUCUGUAACUGUUGACAGCAGAAGCUGUUUCAUACAUUUUUAACAGCAGCUCUGUUUCUUCAGCUGAAUGUGUUUUUAUAGCGGAAAAAGAUGCAAAGUCAAACAGAAAUAUUUGUCUGAGUAGAUGUUUGUAAGGUCCACAGGGUCUCUUCAGUUGCACUUUCAAAAGCUCAUGCACUUUUUUUCAAAUGUUAAUAUUUGCCGCGAAAAACUAGCGAUGGGUGUACCCAUGGGGAGAAAAGUUACAUCCUCGGUGGUGAUGUGUCGAUAUUUUGUGCAAUAACUGAUGUGAAUGCUGUCACGGGUCACAAAGUAAUCAUUUCCUCUUUGUUUUGUUGCGUUAGAAGCAUGGAUUGUGUUUAAUUUGGCACACGCACUGUUAAAAACCAGACUGUUUGUGAUCAAAGUGAGAUGAGCCAAAUGCUCUGCAGGGACUUAUUCUGCACACCUGAGUCAAACAUCCAGGUUUGCCCUCCGCAUGUUUGCUGGUGUGACUACUGAAUGGGCCUGCCUAGAGCUUACAAGGUCUAAAAGUGUCACUUUGGUCUCUUAGCCAGAUUUGCAUUCUCAAAAAGCCAAGCAGCAGGAGGAGGAGUCAGAGGAAGGACACUAUAAAGCCAUUAAAUGUCUUGUGGUAAAAGCAACAUGACAGCAUCAUGAAAAAUCACUGAUUUCCUGUUUCAUAUGUGCAAGCCAAGGUUAAAGUGAAUGUGAAGCAACAGCGCCCCCUAGCGGAUGUAAAUACAUGUUUAACAACAGUGGAGGCCCAGUUGCUGCAAUAAUGAAAUAGAUUACAGCACAAGUGAAUGCAAUAAGCAGCCAAGUGUUUAACUAUGUAUCUAAUCAGCAAUCAAAGUGCAAUGAUAUGUAUUCCUAUAGUAAAUAUAUAAAUAUUUAUACAAUCCCUUGUUUACUUACAAAGCCAAGUAUUACUCAUACAGAGCGAUAAAAAGUACAUUUGCUUUUUGUGUGUCAUAUUUCAGUGUUCCAGACGAGUAAAUAGAUUUUUAUAUCAGACAAAAAAAUAAACCGGAGUAAAUACAGAAUGUUGUUUUUGUCACAAACUCUCAUUAAGCCACUUGGGUUUGUAGAUGGAGCAUCAGUGUUCCUUCAUUAGAAACCUGCCAUGUCCAGUCUUAAACAUGUCUGCUGCCCCCUGGUGGAGAGGGGAAUGUGGGCAACUGCUGUUUCUGUGGACAGACUUUUUUUUCCCCAGUAAUUUCGACUGAUUAAUGGCCAGAAAAACUACCGGCCCGGUACACAUCGUACACGAGAAAAAAAAGUCCUGGUACCCUGAGUGGUAAAACGAUGAUGUGCUGGUAGUGUACCGGUUCAACUGCUGCAGAAUAAUAUUAUAAAAUGAAACAGAUAGUAAACGGUUCACUUUUAAAACAGAAUUUUUUCUGAUGAUUUCACGUUCAGGCUUUAAAGCAUUAAGGGAGUAGCCUGGCCUUCUACACAGAGGACGACUGGAUACUCUGAGGCAGAGAGCACUGCGAGGGGCGGGACCAGCCAGCUCAAAAAUAACCAAUCAGAAAAAAGGCAGAAUUGACGACUGUAGUGUUUUAGCUGUAGUCAAAGAUGGCAGCUGGGGACGCCGCAAACAUCUUUCUUUGGAAGAAAGGCUUUUAGCGCUUCUGCUUGUGGUUUUAAAGACGUGUCCACGCCAUUUAGAACAGAGGAAAGAGCCGCAGCGACCUCCGCUUCAGACGCCGUCUUUGUUGAAACGCAACGUCGUGUUACGCUGCUCAGUGCUGAUUGGCUCGGUUAGAAUUCUCAGGGGGUGGAAGCAUUGGCAUGGCUGUUUAGGCUAGUAGGAGGCGUAUAUGAUGCUGGUCUUUUAGCCGACUACAUGUUGCCACAUUCUAUUGAAGUGAUUUUUUAAUUCUUCAGAUCUUAAAUACAUUUCUGAUGUGAAACAUUAAAAUAUGACAACAAAAGAAGAAAACUGUUUGGCGGCAAAAGCUGACUAGCAGCUCUGUCUCCAUCAGUAGGCCUACUUGUGUAGCUCGUACCAGUGUUGCACCAAACGAGAGAGUCCAAAGAAAAGUGUGUUCUCUUUAGAAUAAAUACUCAACAAAUGUACUGUACUCUUAUUUUUCUACAGGAGUAUAAAAAUGUUCCACAAAAAUGUCAUUUUUGAGAAAGCUGUAGAAAACAACAGUCUUGUGUGUUGGAUGGGUGCACAGAGGAGUUUUUAAAACCGGGACAAAGAAUAAAAACACGAUUUGUAAUAUUUUUGCCAAUCACAGAGCUUUAUCUUGUGCCUGCUGUAUCCUCUUCUAAGCUGCCUGUCAAUCAAUAAACAGCGUGUAUGAAA